AGAAAGUGAAACUAAACUGAGAGGAGAAUAAGUCAGAGACAAGGAUAGAAGUAAAAAAGAAGAGGGAGAUAGCAAAGCUCUAGCGCAGAAGAAGCAGAGAAUAUUUGGGGAUUGUGGGACGGCUCAUUCUCCUGCUGGGGUUCCAAUAGAAAAGAACACAUUCAAGGUUGCAGCUCAUUAUUUGUCGGGAAAGUGUAUUUGAACUGAAUACUAAGAGACAGCUGCAGGUACUUAUCAGAAUGGAGCCAUCCCAUGGAGAGUACCCGCCAUCAGCUAUUGAAAAUGAACAACCAUGGGACACUUCAAUAACCACAACCCCCGAGUGUGGUAUAGAUGGUGAACCCUAUGUAAUAGUCCACAAACCAGGAGAAAGUGAAAAUGUACAAAGUCAUUAUCCAGGCUAUAGUAUAGCAUCUACUAUAAAAGAAAAAUUAAUUUCUUUUGAGGAGUGGAUCGAAUGGAUAUUCUUAACUCUGUCUAACUAUACUACAUCUUGGCUUUUCAGACAAUCCUUCACUGUUGGGAUACUGACCUAUUCGGAGAAGGACGAGUGCAAAUGGUUGAAAUACUGUUUGCAAUCGCAAAUCUUUAAAGGCCACAUAGAUAAUGUGCAAGUUAUCUGCUACUCUGAAGAUAUAGAAGGACUUAAAAAGAAACUCACAGAGUUUUCCUAUAUACUUUUUUACCACCGAGGCACAUUUGGAUCCAAAAUGACUGAUUCUAUGAUUGCCAGCACCGUGAGACAGACAACUUCCAAACUUGAGAAGAAAAACAUGAUGAUUGCUUUGGGUCAUCUUAAAAACAAAAAACAUGAAGACGAGAUGAAGAACAAGUUGCACGAGAAAAUUGGAAAAGAGUAUAACCAACUGCUCUUCACAAGAGGAGAAAUCGAGCAAUAUGAAAACCUCAUUAGUUUAAAUCCAUGGAAGAAAUUGGACCAGAUAAAGGUGGCAUUAUCUACUGCUUACGGAGGAUAUGAAAGUUACGGUUCUUCGCCAAAGAAACAUACUGUUGGAAUCGCUUCACGGUCUUCAGAAAGUCAUUUUGAGUGGCUGGCCCAGCAUCUGAAAAACUCAUGUCAGGCCGAUGUCAGAUACAUUUACAUCUCUAACAAUGGGCGACACAAGUUCUGGGAUGAUGUUUCUCAUUGCACAUUCGCUAUCCUUUAUCACACCAAGAAAAGAGGGAGUAUAAACAUCGCUGAUGUAACUGACUCUCUCUAUGAUGAAGAAAUUAAAUAUCUGGCCACUGCACUGGUUAUGGAACACAGUUGUAACCCCACUUUGGUUACUGACUCUUUAAAUAGGAAGGACAAUGUGAUUGUUGUGGUAGAUGAUCUUGAUAACAGCAGCAAUGAGGAGAAAGAGAGGAUCUUGCAGAGCCAACCCAGCAUUGGGCACCAAGCCAAAGAUUUGAUCCUUUUCACCCAAAAGGAGACAGAUCCUAACUACGAGAGACUUGUUACACAGCAGAUAGAAGAAGAUGAAAUUAAUUUAAAGAAAAAACUUGAUGCCUUGAAAGAGAUUCUAGGAGAGGCAAAAGCUACCAUGAUGAGUGGAGCAGCAGAUACCACAAAUGUCCACAGACAAGAGGAAACUUCAAAUAUACUCCCAUUGGAGACAAAUGAAAUGACCGGUGAAAACGAACUGGUUGGCUGUAUUGAAAUGUGCACAUUUGCCAAGUAUUAGAGAAUGCGAUUUUAACUUUCUUCCCCCUUAAACAGAGACUGCCACAUGCUAUAUAGCUACAUGAUGAAGAUGAAGUUGAAAAUAUUUCCAGAUUCACAAUUUUGUCCAACUGAAAAAAAAAGCUUUACUAGUGACUAUUUUCAAUGUUCCUCAGUAUUUAUGGGAAUCCUUCCUUAACAAAGGAUAUUAAUCAAAAUAUGAGUGAAAAUGUACAUUAAGCAAUAUAAUCAUGUUCAUGAAACAUUUUGCUAUAUGAUUGGAGGGUGCUGAUCCCUCAUUAGAUACAGAGAGUGAGAACACUGUGAAUUUAAAUUUCAUGUUGCAAACUUUUAACACCUGCUUCUUAUGGCAGUUGAGUCACAAUCUGUUCAUAAUCCAUAAAUAUAUUGACUAUGUGCAUGGAAAACUGUUGCAUUUCGCACAUUUUGCCUAAAGAUAAUGGUGUUUCCUUGCUCUAGGUCAUGGCUGUUGAGUGACACCUGAGGAAGGCGCUGGAUUUAAUUGACGUCUAUUUUGAUAUUCUGUCUGCCCACAUAUGAAUUUAAGCUCCUUUAAAUGGUUUGAAUGUGAUUGUAUAUGUAUUUAUAGUAAGCUGGCUGUGACUAUGGUAUAAUACAUUAAAUGGCAGCUCAACCUCA